GGCAACGGCCGAGCAAUCAAAAGAUUGUCAAAUGAGCGCAGGUGGUGCAUUUGGUGGGACCAGGGGAUGGAGACCAGUGCCAUCAGAGAAAGAAGUUUUCCCUUUGGAUCAUAUGCAUCAAUGUGACCCGGAGAAGAAAGGGUACAUCAGUUGUCUCAAAUCUUCUGGCAACAAUUCUGAAAAAUGUAGACACUUAUCGAAGAAGUACUUGGAAUGUCGUAUGAAAAGAACUUGAUGGCAAAGCAAGAUAUCUCAGGAAGCUGACACUGAUGAAGCUCAUGGAGCUGUCUAGCACCACUUUUUUAAGGGUGUCGACAUAAGACGAUUUGAUUUAAUUAUAGAUCAUAUCUUUCAAGGAAGAACAAAGAAAGUGAUGGAUGAUUAUAGAUUAUGGAUUAUGGAGAAUUCUUGCUCUUUUAUAGUAAAACAAAUAAUGAAGAAAAGCUCUUCGAAUCCAUUACAAUCAAAUGAAGAAAAUAUUUUUUACCAUCAGCCAUAUAAUUUGGUAAUAGAGUUAUUUGUGCUUU